GACCGGGAGUUGGUAAGUGACGUUUGGAAGACGACAAUCUGCAGCGAGAUAACUCAGACCAUAAGCAUUAUAACACCAGCUAUCACUUUUCUCACACCAUUUCUUGUGGACUUGGAGUGUGGAUAUUCUGGAUGGACAUCACAAUAUAUCAAGCUGUAA